AUGAGGACCUUUAUCACCAAGCAGACAGGGCUUUUGCUCCUCCUUUCGGGAAUUGUGACCGGCGAAGCUCUCAAAAACGAAGAACGGCUCUCGUACAACGCAAGCAUACACGAGGCCAGCUUUGGGACUCUCUCGACUCGCGAUCUCUUCGGGCUUAACAGACGCGCCUAUGAAUGCAGAGCAGGAUACAGUGAAUGCGCUUACGACUCUUCACGCUGCUGCCCUUCAACAGGCGGGUGCUGCGGAAAUGGUUACUGCGCCGACUCCGACGAGGUCUGCUGUACUGGCGGAACUUGUCCCUCCGGUUGGAACUGCUGUGGGACGGACAACUGCUCGCCAAAGGACGGAGAAUGCUGUAGUGAUGGCAAAUAUUGCCUUGCUGGCUACAAAUGCAUGAUUAACAAUGGGAGAAAGGUCUGUUGCCCGAGCUCGGGCUGCUUAGGAAGUUCCGAUGAAGGAGAGGCGACAACAGCCACAAGUACUGAAACGGACACGGAGACCCUGACUACUACAACUGCCACCUAUCGCUAUCACUCCUACUACUAUACGACCUACUACUGGACGUAUUGGUACUAUUUCUGGACCUCUUAUUCCCCCUACACAGUGAAGACCGUCACCUCCACCGAAACCACGACAACCACCAUCUGGUCUGCCUACGCUACCGCCAGUGCCGAGGCGAGCGAGUCUUUUGAGUACUACAUAACCGCCAGACUCACUCCUCCGUACUCUGCUACCAGCCUGAAGAGCUCUACCGAGUCCGUUCCCAUUUCCACAGCAUCUGACAAUGACUCCACUGGCACUGCUACGGCCAGCCCCCUCGCCAAUGACGACACAGGAUCCUCGUCUAAUGAAGGAGGCGGCUUUCAAGGAACUGGUUCGGCGGGUGCAAUCUCGACAAGCGGAAAUGUUGCUUGGAUUGGCGCUGUUUUCGCGUGUGUUGUGGGCGGUCUGGCAUUUGGACUAUGA